AUGGGAGAGAGAAAAGUCUUGAACAAAUACUACUCGCCAAACUUCGAUCCAGCUAAGAUUCUCUGUCGACAACAGUCGAAGAACCAACACAUCAAGGUUCGCAUGAUGCUUCCCAUGAGCAUCCGCUGUGGCACUUGUGGGAAUUAUAUUUAUAAGGGUACAAAAUUCAAUUCCCGCAAAGAAGAUGUCAUCGGAGAGACCUAUCUCGGAAUCCAAAUUUUCAGGUUCUAUUUCAAAUCUACUAAAUGCUCGGCUGAAAUAACAUUCAAGACAGAUCCACAGAAUUCUGAUUAUAUCAUUGAGUCCGGUGCAACUAAAAAUUUCGAACCUUGGCGAGCAGAGGAUGAGGUAAUAGAUGAAGAGAAAAAGAAAAGGAAUGCUGAAGAGAUGGGAGAUGCCAUGAAAUCGUUGGAGAAUAGAACUUUGGACUCCAAGAGAGAAAUGGAUAUCCUAGCUGCUUUGGAUGAAAUGAAGUCUAUGAAGUCAAGACAUGCAACUGUGAGUGUAGAUGCAAUGCUUGAAGCUUUGCAACGCUCAAAUCAGGUAAAGGAAAGGAAGUUAGAAGAAGAGGAUGAAGCUCUUAUAAAGGCUGUGUUCAAGGGACCACGAAAGCCUGCUUUUAUUAGAAGGAUUGAUGCUAAGGAUAUCGAUGAUGAAGAAGAUUUUCCCAUGUUUCCAUUUGACAAAGAAGGAACAUCUGCUGAUCAUUCAAAGAGGAGAAAGGUAUCCGAAGAACCUUGUAAUCCAACAGAUUCUUUGACGAAUGGUACUGUUCUUGACAGCUCUAAUAGUAAAGGUUAGUAACUUGACCUCAAGUUCCAUUUUAAGAUAUAAUUUUUUGUUGAUCUCCUCUUUUCCAUGUUGU